UGCAUCGUGAAAUAUUAAAUACAAUUAGUCAUCGAAAAAUCAUCAAGUAGCAGAAGACGUUCGUCAUCCGUAACAUGUAAAAUGGCGCCACAAUGAGCGGCCGCAUCAGUAAUCGAAGCGUCGUCGUCGGCGUACGAGACGCGGCCGGUGGAAGUGGUGGUGGAGGAUCCAGCGGUGAUAAGGACAAUCCCAAUGAGUUCGAUGCACUUUAUGCCGAUAGUCAGAACAGUUCGGUGCCGAACACAUCACCUAUACUACUCGGAAACCUUGAGAUGAGAUGCCACAGAUUCCGAUGGAAUCUAUCCAUGAAGCAUCGAAUCAGAUGGGUUAUUUUUAUACUCACAUGGUUACAGUUAGGAAGUGUUAUGAACUGUGUCGACGUCUUCUCUUUUUCAAUGGUUUAUAUGGAAAAGAACUCGACAAUUGCUGCAGAAGCAGGUCUAGAUGACAUCUACAUCUACACAUUAGAAGAGAAGUCCAGUCUGAUCUCAGCGAUGGCAAUUGGUUCACUCAUUGGAAUGUAUCCUCAGAAUGUGCUAAUGCAAAAAUAUGGACCCCGUCUUGUCCUCACAUUUGCCAGUUUGCUCUGUGCCGUCGUCACUGCCUUCAUGCCAUGGGCUCUUGACACGAACUACCAUGUAGCACUUGUAUUCAGGAUAUUCCAAGGAAUCCUCUACUCUGCUGACUUUGGAGUUGUCGGAUACGUGUGCUCAAAGUGGUCGCCUAUCAAAGAAGUAGGAAUGUCACUGGCUGCGUUGAGUGGAUUCACUGCGGCAAGAGCUGUAAUUCAGUUGCCACUGGCAGGAUGGACAACAUCAAAUGUUGGCUGGCGACCUAUCUAUUAUAUUCUCUCAAUAAUUCUCUUCAUCUCAACAAUCAUCUGGUUCUUGUUCUAUCGUGACGAUCCGGAAGAUCAUUGCCUAAUGACACAUCACGAGCUUCAACACAUUGGUGGAGGAACCAAGAGAGAUAAGACAAAAAAGACUCCGUAUCGAGAAGUUCUCACCGACAAGUCAGUUUGGGCCGUGUGGGUUGCCGGGUUCGCCGAUAUUUUUGCCAGUUUUGUAUUUCUUGUAUAUGGUGCACAAUACUAUCAAUACCUCGGAAUGGAUAUUCAGGCUAAUGCAUGGCUGAAUUCCAUGAAAGGUUAUCUAUUCAUCGGUGUUCGAGUAUUCGCCGGUAUCGCGUCCGAUCGUAUUCGUACACUGCCGGAAAAGUCAAAGUUGCGGUUAUUCAACACGAUCUCAUUGCAAGUACCCGCGUUUUUUCUCAUGCUCGUAGUCUUGCUGCCACGCGAGCAUCCAUAUCUACACGUCAUCUGCAUCACUUUCUAUCAGGCUUCAUUCGGGUUCAAUUGUGGAGGAUUCUAUAAGGGCGCCGCUUUGAUAUCAAGACAAUUCUCUUACUUUGUCAUCGGGUAUAUUCAAUUGUUCAAAUCGUUAGCAACACUGCUCGAACCUGUUCUUUUUUCUCUUCUUGUGCUUCCGGGAAGUGAAGAUUCUGAACUCUCAUGGACCAGCUACUUCCUGAUCCAUGCUUUAACACUUACAGUAGCCAACACAGUCUAUGUUCUCCUAGCUCGUUCAGAACCAGCCGACUUUGUGUUGAACGCUGAAUUAGAGCUCAGCAAGCCUCAGCUUCCCUGCGAAACUUCAAUCAAUUAAUUAUUUAAUAAAUUAUUCAUAUCAGUGUUCACAUAAUUGAAAAGAAAAGACGAUUACCAGCUUAUCCGGGUGUUCACUCAAAUAUGGAUCUCGAAUAAGACACGUGGUGUCAGGUUGCCCCAUAACGGUAUGAUCUACAAAAAUGCGGAUAACUUUUUCUCAGAAAAAUGUGACGUCAGUCUACGUCUCAACUCCCGCAUAUUUCGAAGUUCAAACCGACAUGGGACAUUCUGACACCACGUGAUAAUACUCAUAAAUAGUACUUUUUUGAACUUUGGGUUAUUGAAUUUAACUUAUACGGAAAAUAAAAUGUAAUUGCAAU